AUCAAUUUUGGUGGUUAAUACAAAGCUACUAGCCUUGGUUUCUUCAUUGAAUUUGUCUCAUAUUUGCACUCACUCAAGGUAUAAAAUAAAGCUCUACUAAUCUCCAACCAUCAAGUAAACAACUAGAGAGAGAGAGUUCUAUCAGCCAUGGCAGAGAAGGAAGGAGGAAUUGUCAAGAAGGGUCACCAAGAGGGGACAAAAAUGUCAGUUGCUCUUCUGGAAGAGUUCGGACUCCCAUCGGGACUGCUCCCUCUCGCUGAUGUGAUCGAGGUCGGUUUUGUGAGGAGCACCGGGUACAUGUGGAUCCUGCAAAAGAAGAAAGUAGAACACAACUUCAAGAUGAUAAGCAAGCUUGUGAGUUACGACACUGAAAUAACUGGUUAUGUGGAGAAGAAACAGAUCAAGAAGCUCAAAGGAGUCAAGGCCAAGGAGCUCGUGCUAUGGCCUCCAGUCAACCAGAUAACCAUCGAUGACCCACCCACCGGAAAGAUUCACUUCAAGAGUCUUGCUGGAAUCACCAAGACUUUUCCGGUUGAGGCAUUUGCUGCUGGUCAGUAAUACAAGAAGCCUAUAUUAAGUAGUCCAGGGUCCACCAGGCAUGACAAAGGUUCUAUGUCAAAGUUGAUCAUUUCUAUGUAUUUUUGUCUUCCAUAUUUACAUGUUCUUCUACCAAGUGCUUUUUAUUAUGGAGUUUCCAAAACUGUUGGGAAAUAAACU